GUUAAAGAGCUGAAGCCGGCACAGCCUGACAGCUAGGGCAGCAGCGCAUUGCAAGAAGUAGCCUGAGCUCAUCCUGGAUUCUCGGAGCUCCUCACCAUGCUUGGUUGGCUAUAGGAGCUCCAUGGAUCAAGCCAACUUCUACGAGGUCGAUCCGCGGCCAUCCAUGAACAUCCAGGUUCAACCCCCGCACGGUGCAUACGGCUACAGGGAGCCUCCAACUGCCCUAGAACACACCGAGCUGUGUGAGAACGAGAACUCCAUCGAUAUCAGCGCUUAUAUCGACCCAGCCGCUUUCAACGACGAGUUUCUUGCAGAUCUCUUCCAUAGCAACAAGCAGGAGAAAGCCAAAGGCGACUUUGAAUACCAUCAGGGGGCCGUGGGGGCUGCUGUGGCAGGACACCCACUGAUGUAUGGCUGCAUGGCAAAUUACAUGGACAGCAAGCUGGACAACGGACUGAGACCGCUUGUGAUCAAACAAGAGCCAAGGGAGGAAGAAGAAGGCAGCAGGGCAUCAUCAUUGGCAGCUCUGUACCCUCACCAUGCUCCACAGCACUCAUCCCAUUUGCAGUACCAGGUAGCCCACUGUGCCCAAACCUCCAUGCAUCUGCAGCCUGGCCACCCAACUCCUCCACCUACUCCUGUACCAAGCCCACAUCACCAUCCAACACAUCACCACCAUCACCUGCAGAGUUCCUCACUCAAGAGCGUUUCCCCCUCAUCAUCUAUUUCUUCUUCGUCCUCAGAGAACAGGGGCAAAUCCAAAAAGUGGGUGGACAAGAGCAGCAGUGAGUACAGGGUAAGGAGAGAGAGGAACAACAUAGCAGUGAGAAAAAGCAGGGACAAAGCCAAGAUGAGGAAUGCAGAAACCCAACACAAAGUCAUUGAGCUGUCUACUGAAAAUGAUAAGCUGAGGAAGAGGGUGGAACAGUUGAGUAGGGAGCUGGAAACUCUUAGGGGCAUCUUCAGGCAGCUCCCAGAGAGUUCUCUGGUCAAAGUUAUGGGCAACUGUGCAUAAGGUCAAAAAAACUCACUUUCAGUGCAUUGCCUUGUAAGAGACAAUUUUAAACACCCCCACCCAAGAGUGGAUCCUUCCAGUUCUGAACAUGAAGUUUUAAUACAUGUGCCUUUUGUGAACUAGGAUGCCAGCCACCCCGUGAGACUUUAUUCUGGUGUAUGCAAUCAGUGGUGUUAAGGGACACAUCUCCCACCUGCAAGACCUCCUUGUCCCAGAUAGCCAGGCAGCUUUGGUGGUGCUAGAUGAUACAAGCCAGGUUAUUUCUUAGGCUUUGAGGUCCCUCCAUUUAUAUGAAGUUAUUUGUACCAAGCUAAGCACAUUUUAUAUAUUUUUUCAUAUUUUAUACAUCCUUAAAUACUGAGUCACAUUUAAAUUAAAGAGUUAAUUUUGUUUAGGGGUUUGAUAACAUUUGUGACUAGGUUACUGCAAGUCUCCAGCCUAUUUACUACUAAAAAUCUCUGCAGAGUUACUUUCAGUGAUUAUCUGCAACAAGACUAUUCAAUAAUUGCAGUAUAUAACAUUUUUUGUAUAUUCUCCUUGUUACCAGACCUAGGCAUAGGAAUGUUGCAGAGCACACAGGGUCAUUUUUCUAACGUGCCUUAUAUGUUAACUUUUUUAAAGUGCCUUUUCUAGAAUUUGGAUGCUAAAACUUUUAUUGUAGUACCUUACAGAGUCUUCAUCUAUGGCUGUUGGGGAAUGCUAGGAACUGAAAUUCAGUAACGGCUAGAGGGCUGCAGCUAGCACACCACAAUCUAUAUCAUUCUGGCAGCGGGUAUGUAAGGUGAUUAAUGAUAGAAGAAUAAUCAGGAAAAUACCUGAUUCAUUUUUUUAUGAGAGACUGGUAAUUUCAAUAACAUUUUCGAAAAUUCUUUUGCAUUUUUAAUACAAAAUAUAAAUUGCUCACUUUAUAAGGCAGUGCUGGACAAAUACAAUAUUGGGCCCCUGUACUGAAUAAGUGUUUGGGCCUCUACUAAAACCCAGAUGGGAGUCUUCCCCAGGGCCCAAGUGCAGCUGCACAGUUAGCAUGCAUGCCCCUGGCAUGGAGUGUUUAUUCCAUUAAUUCUACAUGUCAUUUCCCUCAUGUUUAUCUGUCAUGUUAAAGGUUUCACAGCUUACAGGCUAGAGGCACCAUGGAGCAAAAAUAAAGGGAACAUUAUGCAAAGAUAUACAGAAUCAGUACUUAUGUUAUAACUAGUGUAAACUAUCAGUUUUCAUUGUGACGGACAUUUAUUAGCUGCUGUUGCUAAUUAUUAUUUCAUGCUUUCUGUGUGUGUUUUCUGCGACACUGUGUACAUAACUUUUUUUAUCAAAUGUUCUUUGGAAAACCUGCAGACCAGCAGAAUGUGAAUGAGCUAAUCUCUGUGCUCUACAGCAUUAUGCAUUUCUUAUGCUCAUAUUCUUGCCAUUGUCUCUUGGGCGUUGCAGUAUUGGUUGGUAAUGCCUUUUGUCGCCAGCUGUCAAGCUCACUCUGCUGUCUGGCAAUGAAAGUGUGUGAGUGAGUAGCAAGUGCAAAAGCACUACUGUAUGCACGAGGAACCCCAGCAAGACACUUUGCACUCGUUUUAGGUGAAUAUUUGGGGAUGUGCCCUUUAUUGUCAGUUUAUUAAGGGCUGAAUAGCUGGAAUUGUCACUAAAUUAUUGUAGCUUUGGAACAACUGUAGGACAAUGUGUGCAUGGCCCUCCUUUCUUUCUGCCCCAGAUACCACAGCCUGCUAAAUAUGCAGUUUAUUUUCUUCUCUAAUAUGUCACAUUCAUUGUUCUAUUGGGGUUCCCAUAGGUUCUAGGGCCUAGUCAAAACCUCUGCAGCCACUAUUGUAAUGCUGCUGUAAUUUCUGCCAUCAAGCACAAUUCCUUUUCUUCCUAUCUUAGUAUUUUUCUGAGGAUGAUGGGAGUUGUACAUUUGUACAGAAGGGCUUCAUGUUGGACAUCCUUGCUUUAUAUCCAAGUAGUUCCUCAAAGCUAACUACUAUUAGCUUCUACUGCUAAAUUAUUGGCCAAAAAGAAAUCUCCUGUGUUUUAUUUUUGUGUCUUGAAAAAAGAUAUGUAUGUUAUAAAAAUGUUAUUGAAAAUAAAAGAAAUGCCUUUAUUCACUUUUGUUAAUAAUUAUAAUUGUUUUUUGAAACGCAACUGCAUAUCCUUGUUUUUAUUUUCAAAAUAAAUAAAACAAAAAUGUAAAACUUGA